CAGAAUUAAUAGGUGAAAAUAAAGUAGAAGAAACUUUCCAAGUACUUUUACAUGUUUAUUUAUUUUCUUUUGUCAUCAUCAGUAUAGAUAUCUUAAGAGAAUAUAUAAAAUAGAUAAAAUACUUCAUGACCACAAAUAACAUAUCCUCCAGUCACUAAAUCAAAUUAAAUUCCAGCUUAUUAUAAAAGAUGUUCUUAAUGAAUAGCAACAGAAAUUCAUUCUUCAUUCCUUAACCAUACAUAAAGACCUGGAUAAUGACAAUUUACUUGUAUAGUUAAAAAAUUAAGAUCAUAAUGAAAACCUGCAAAUACAGUUUCAUGUUUAUGUCUAUUUAAUAAGAUCCAGUUGGAGCAAGUAGAUAUGAACCACCUUACAUUCUAGUUUUAAAUGUAUCAGCAGGUAUGCUCAUAUCUAUAGAAGUCAAUUCCAUUACAGUUAAACAUCCAUUAAACAACAUUUUGAUGAAUCUCCCUUUUUUGAAAGAAAUUAUAUAACAUCUAACACAG